AUGAGUGAAAACGAACAACAACCACCAGAACGAAAAGUGCUUCCCCAAAGAAGUACGCGUGGAAAGAGAUUGACAGACCUCGAAGGUAUCGAUAAACAAGUGGAUGAUGAGUUUUGGAAGAUGGAAAUGUUUGCAGAGGAAGAGGAGGAUCAAGGAUUUGAAGCUACGGAGGAAUUGAUGGAGGAACAAGCAGACAUUGAAGAUUCCGAUAUUGACGAAUUUUCAUCUGAUGAAGAAGAAGAAGAGGAAAGAGCAAAACAACUAGAGAAAAAGUUGGCAAAAGAAGAAAGAGAGACAAAAAAGAGAAAGAAUGUUUACAAAGACACAGCAUCAAAACCAAAAAAGCCAAAGUCAAGUACCCCAAACCCCAAGACACCAAAGUCUAAACCUGUGAUUGAUGCUUCCACUGUUGAAACCAAACGAUCUGCGAGAGCAUCCACAAAAAAGGCAACGGAAGCCAUUGAGGAAAAGCUGAAACAAACACAACAAAAAACACCAAAGAAGACUCCAAAGAAAGUGUAUGUGAUGCCAACACAGGAGGAGUUAUUGGAGGAGGCUAAGAUCACAGCAGAGUACAAUAAGAAUAGUCUUGCAAAAUUAGUACAAAUUGAAGAAGACAUUCGUAAAAAAGCUCGAGAAACAAAAACAAAGACUGUUGACCCUGACGAACCUAGGAUUGUAUAUUAUUCAACAGAAGGAAAACAAUAUAUCACAUUUGUCAAUAUGGAAAUUCCAAAAGAAAUUAAUCAAAAAAUGUCUGAAGCAGAACUAGCAAGAUUUGAUAUUCCGAAGGAGGAAAAACAAUUGAAAUGUGCCAUCACAGGAUUACCUGCGAAAUAUAUUGACCCUUUGACAAAGAAACCAUUUGCAAAUGUGGAAGCGUUUCGAGCAUUACGGAAGAACAAAAAGCUUUAA